GCUCGUCCUCCUUCCCCUGCGCGAGCGGGUGUUGGCCGCGGCGGUGAUCUAGAUCGGCGGUAGAUAUGUCUUCGAGGCGAACGCGGUCCGGAGGGGCCUCUCGGAGUUCCGAGCCUAAGACCGCAUCUCCUAAGCCCGUGCGCAAGUCCCAGCGGAAAUCAGGUUCCGAUCUCCCGAAGGUCCUUCCUGAAAUCUGGCAGAAGGCUCCUCAAACAGCUCCAGUCAGAAAGCCCAUUGUCUUGAAGAAGAUUGUGGCUCAUGCUGUAGAGAUCCCAGGGGCCCCCUUGACUCGCAGGAGCCCUAGGAUUGCCUUUUUCUUGGAGAAAGAGAAUAACCCUCCUUGCCAAGAGACAACUAAGGAGGACCUCUUCAAUCCUGUCCCCAUGACCCCGACCACCACACCUGUGCUGACCACCCUGAACGUCAUCAGAUCUGUCCACCAGCAAGAAGUAGAUGCUAGAGAUAUGGAAAUGUCAAAGAAAGUCAGGCGAUCCUACAGCCGCCUGCAGCCCCCUGGCUCCACCUCCACACCUGGCUGCCGGUCCUGCUUUGGCUUUGAUAGCCUUGAAGACUUGUCUGGAGUCUCACCCGUGGUGUGUUCAAAAAUAACUGACAUCUCCAAGGCCCCUGCCAAGCCGCUGAUCCCAGACCCAACACUCCCUGGAAUUUCUCCCCCUGUCGUGAAGGAGAAACGGAAGAAGAAAAAGGUGCCUGAGAUCUUGAAAUCGGAGCUGGAUGAAUGGGCUGCAGCCAUGAAUGCUGAGUUUGAAGCUGCUGAGCAGUUUAAUCUCCUGGUUGAAUGAAAUGAAGUGGGGGUAAACUGGUCAGCCUCACCCUUGCCUUCUGUAUAUACUUCCCUUUCAGUGGAAAAGACACCUGGCAUCCCCUCUGUUGGCUUUGCUAGCUGUUUAGGUGCCUCUCUGAGAAGCCUGUCUGUCUUGCCUCUCAGGGAAGCUGUCUUGGUUUCAGAACUGGGCCCUGCUUGGAGCUGACUACUCAGCAGUGUCCUGACAGUCCUGCUGUCCUUCCUACUGCUCCAGCCUGGACAUGACAGGCCACCUCUGCUCUUAAGUAGACGUGGUUGCUCAAACCAGCCCAGACAGAAACAGGCCCCAAGAGGAUGACCAGCUUCCGGCUAUCUCGAGUUGCUCUCUAUUGGUGGCAGUGGUCCUAGCCAGGAGCUGUUCUAUAUAAAGAGGUUUGGGAUUCAAUUCUGUGGAUAAUCCCAAGAGAGAAUGCUGGGAGACAGUUUUGCUCAUCAGGAAGAAGAAGAUAGACAUUGAGCCCAGAGAGCCCACGUUCUAAGGGAACCUUGGCUGGGUUUCAGACUGUAAAUACUUCCUAGUAGGAACUAUGGUUUUGGUUUUGGGUUUUGUUUUGUUUUUAUUGGUUACAGGGCUGUC